AUGAAGAAGUCAUCACCAUUGCUCUGUUUCUCUCUUGCUCUGUUUUCUCUUCUCUCAUCACCUUCCUCCUCCGCUCGUAUCUUCUCCUCCGUUGUCCCCGCCGCAGCUCCUUCUCCUGCCGUAGCCACGACCACCUAUGGCGGCGUAGACGAAAUAUCUGACUCCGAUUUCUCCGUCUUCACGCAAUGGAACAUUUUGGACCUAACCGACCUCAAAAACACCUUAAAAAACCUCCCAGAUCUCUCUAACCUCAACAUCUCCUCCCUCCACGUGUCACCCGCCAUUGACUCCAUCUGCUCCGGCACAGACUACGCCGCCGAAUGCGUCGUCUCAAUCCUCCCACUCCUACGUGACUUCCGCAAAUUCGAGCCAAAACCCAUCGACGUGCUUCGAAUGGAGAUGAGCGCGCUCUACGAGAAAGCUAACACCACGCUAGACUUAGCCAAGCUUCUCAUCGCUGACCAGUCAACGCCGCGUGACGUGGCGGAUGUCUUGGACUUGUGUGUCGACAACUACGAGUCGCUCCUUGAUGAUCUUAAAGAUGCUUCCGUAGCCGUCGACGAUGGAGACUUUGGACGGCUAGAGAGUGUGGUGAGUGCUGCGAUAGCUGAUGUGGUGACUUGCACCGACGCGUUUACUGAGUCGCCGGAGCUUGAGUCGCCGAUGGCUAAUGUUGAUGCUUUUCUUAAGAAACUUUGUAGCAACGUUUUGGCUAUUUCUCAGAUGAUCUACAUGUAA